AUGGCAAAAUUGGAAAGAAAAAAAUUUGAAGCAAGGAAAAAAGAUGGAAAAUUAAGAACACGUAAAACAGGAUUUUCAAAAUUUUCUUAUCAAGCAAAUAAUAGAGGUAAAUUAUUUAAAUUUACACCUCAAAAAAAAAAAGUAGAUGUAAGGAAACAUAUUUUUAAACAAUAUGGACGUAGUAAUUUAUCCAUGAUGAAUAGAAAAUUUACGAAACGGGGUGGAAAUUCUUUUUUUUCAAAAAACAAAAGAAAACUUGCCAAUAAAUUUCAAGACAAAUCAUUUGGUAAUAGCAAUGGAAAUACGACCUUUACCAGAAAAUUCAAGAGUGCUAAUUUUAGAAAGAGAAGAACGACAUUUAGAAAUAAUAAAAAAAGAAAUGUCUUUUUUAGAAAAAAUCAAAAUCUACAUGACAAAAUAGGAAAAUUAACAUCUAAGGAUUUGGAUGAUGAAUUAGAUAAAUAUAUGGGAUCUAGCAAUGUAAAAACAAGAUUGGAUAAUGAUUUAGACUCAUACUUUAAAAAUAAUGAUGUAACACAAGGAGAUAUGAAUAAAGGUUUUAAUAAAGUAGCAGAAUAA